AUGUUUGGGCCGAUUUGUACUGGAACGUUCUUGUUCAUUUCACUUUGGGGGACUGUCUUCUUGAGUAUUCUCGGAGGAUUAUAUUAUAAUCAAUCAGUUGGUCUUUUUGAAGAUUUACCAGCUGAAGACAAGGGAGCUGUUGAACAUCAGACCUGGCCUGAACGAGUGAAAAAUAUUAAUAAGUUAUACUCUCAAAAUGCUUAUAAUGCCUGGAUCGCUGCUGGUGUUUAUGCUGGAUUAGCCUUGUUACUAACUUUCCGAGCUUGCUGCUUGAUUCGUCAGAAGUAA